AUGGAAAUCCAGGGGCUUACUGAUGCCCAAAACACUCACUAUCAACAUGGCGUCUCGCAUAGGACGGGUUUGUCUCCGCUGGGAACAACUAUAGGGACACGCUCUGCCCUAGUUUCCAACGAAAAUGAUAUCCGGGAGCUUUCUGAAUCGAAUGAAUCGCAAAAUGACAGCAACAACAACAGGCCUAGGACAUCUCCACUUCGCCUGCUGGCAGAAAAUGGCAGCGGUGCGACUGCUCACAACAAACAAAACGGGAAAAGAGAUACACAGUCACAACAGACGGAAGGGACGGUUGCCGAACUCAGUAACGUGAAUGUGUGUAAAGAGAAGGAAUACAGUGGACUAGAAUUGCCCCAGGACUUUGUAAGGGGCGACCUGAAGUACAACGAUGAGAAUGUGGAUAGCGUAUUGCAAAUGGCGCUGCCUCUCUUCGAAGGGGAGGAUGGAUAUACGGAGCAAUUGCAGCAGCCGCAGCAGCUACCUCUGGGUUUACGGCAGCAACAUCAGCACGGCGCCACCCUUCACUCACCAUUGGAGAACGAAACUACGGUGGCCUCGGGAAGCAACAACACUGAAAUCUCUGCUGUCAAAGGCUCAGAUGAAUUUUACGUGGUUUUUAACAUUGUACAAGAAGAUGGGAACAAAAACGAGGAAAAAGUGACUGGUAAGAACACGAACUGCCCAAAGUCUAAAACGCCAGAUUCGAUGGAAGUGCAGUGCACUCCUGCGCUCGCGGAAGAGAAUAAUAACUUAAAUCAUUUGACUGCCACAAAGUCGCCCAGUUAUUCUAGCUUCGUUUGUUCGUUCGCUAAUUCCGAUAAAAUAUGUGAGACGAGCUCUACGGCGAUUGAGGGGCAGGGGAUAUGUUCUGAGACAGAUGGUGGCAACGUUGUGUUGUCAAACGACGGGGAAAGCGGAUGUAGCCGACAGCUCCCCGCUGAUAUGAUGGCUAACAAUAGUUCAGCAUUAUUGGAGCAAGCCCCUGCCGAGUUGACCCAACUCGAACCUAAAAAUAGUUCUACCUUGUUAACAGAAAAUCCUGAUAUCCCAAAAGCGGUUGAAAUGGCGGACGCUUGUAGUAACUCGGAGUUUACCUCAGACUACGUUAGCCUCCCGGCCACCGGAAAUGGGGAUAGAGGAUCAGAUGUUACUUCGGUGUCUGCUCACGAGACGUUCUCUGGUACCAUAAUGAUCAACAACCAAAGUAUAAUUGUUACUAUCGAAAACGGAGUGCUGACUUUAGCGGCACCACCGGAAGGCUAUGGAUACAAAGAGGAUGAUAUGGUCAGUUUAAAGGAACAUUUGGGUAUGAAAGACAACGAAGACAUCGUUCUCCUGAACUAUGAUAGCGGAACCAAAUCCAUCGGUAAGAUCAGCAAUGCGACAAGCAGUCAAGAGGAGCCAAAAGCUGGGUUGUCUGUUAGCGACACGGAGUUAACACUUGCUGACGACUGUUCGCUAUCAGGCCUCGGUGCCUCUCUGGACUCGUGCGGGUCAGUGAAGCAGGAGGGCGGUACGUUAUGCACUAUCGAUGAAGUCGACCGAAUGGCUCAGUGUCCAAAAGGUGCAUCUAUCGUGUGUGAGGACGAAUUACAACCCGGUAACCUUGUUAGUGCUGCUGGACUUGCAAAGAAAGGUGCCUUGGUCACAUACCGUUGCCCUCAACCCGGCUGCCCAAAUACAUUUGACACCCGCCAUAAACUCAAAAUGCACCUGGUUUUCCAUACAGAAGACCAGCGGCCGUUUAAGUGCACCGUGGAAGGCUGCGGCUGGUCAUUUACUACGUCAUACAAACUGAAACGACACCUACAAUCUCAUGACAAGGUGCGGCCCUUCAAGUGCGAGUGGGAAAACUGUGGGCGCCGUUUUACCACAGUAUAUAACCUAAAGGCGCACGUGAAAGCGCACGACCAGGAGGAUGCCUUUGUGUGCGAGAUCUGCAGCGAGCGCUUCCGCAGCUCCACCCGACUUGCUAAUCAUCAGAGAACCCACUUCGAGCCCGAGAGACCGCACAAGUGCGAGUUUCCAGGGUGUGAGAAAUCCUUCAUCACCUUUAGUGCUCUGUUCUCCCACAACAGAACACAUUUCAGAGAAACUGGUCAGUUCAGCUGUACCUACCCAGGCUGUGGCAAACGCUAUGACAAGGCCUGCCGCCUCAAAAUUCACCUACGCAGUCACACAGGGGAGAGGCCAUUUGUGUGUGACUCUGAGGCUUGUGGCUGGACCUUCACAAGCAUGUCCAAGCUGCUGAGACACAAAAGGAAGCAUGACGAUGACCGGCGGUUUACCUGUCCUGAGGAGGGGUGUGGCAAAUCUUUCACCCGAGCAGAACACCUGAAAGGGCACAGCAUCACUCACCUAGGCACCAAACCCUUUGAGUGCCACGUGGAAGGUUGCAAUGCAAAAUUUUCAGCACGCAGCAGUCUGUAUAUCCACUCUAAGAAGCACAGGCAGGACGGGCUGAACUUACGCAGUCGCUGUCCCAUCGCUGGCUGCACCAAACACUUCUCUUCCCGCAGCAGCCUUAAGAGUCACAUGCUCAAACACCACAACCUGAGUGCAGACGUGUUGAACCAGUUGGAGACGGCCACCACCCUGACUCCCAGUAGUGAGUUGACGAGCGGCGGUCAGUGUGCCAGUGGAGUGCCAGGGACAGUAGGAGCUGAGUUGGGAAGCCUGGAUCUCACUUCCCUCUUUUCCAGCGUUCCGGCCGGAGCUGCGGCGGGAACAUCCGGCGCCGCGGGAACGUCGGGGGCGACGUCCUUCACCAUGGACAUGUCUCUGGUCAGCAGCGGCAUUCUCACCAUAGACCCCUCGUCCGUCAGCUCCACGCUCGGUGGUGCCAAAACCGUCGACCCCUUGAUUUUGGCAUCCAGCUCUGACAUGAGCUCCCAUGUUUUGGAUGCAGGGCUGGGUACAGGGGGUGGAGCAGGGGUCCUGCCCCCCACCACGCUCAACCUGGACGAUGUGCAGACAGUGAACGCUGAAGCGCUCGGCUCGCUAACGGCCCUAGCUCUCCAGAGUGCCACGCCCACGGAGCAGCUCCACGCCCUCAGCUCCUCCAGCGCUCUGACAGCGGAACCUCCGUCAGCAUCUCUCACCCCGUCUCUCUCAUCCACCCUGACUCCCUCACUCUCUUCCGCGCUCGUCUCGUCCCUCUCCGCCUCCCUCACUCCGUCUCUCUCCUCCUCUGCUCUGGCUGGAGCCCCCGUGACGGAGCUGCUCUCGCCCCAGGCCAAGGCGGACGUGGGUGGCGGGGGGCAGGCAGGGGGGCCGUUGUUGGCGGGUGUAGAGGUCUUGAGUCAACCGGAGGCCGGCAAGGGCCUUAAUCAGUUUGUGUUCCCCACCCACACGCCUGCCUAUGGCGGACAGAAAGAUCCGGAGCUUGGUUCUGUCACACCGUGUUCGUUUAUGGAGAGUGGGGGCUCAGCCAGGACAGAUUAUAGGGCUAUUCAGAUGGUGAAGAGGAGGAAACAGAAAGGUUCAGGUGCCACUGCAGGUAGCUCAGGGGCUGGUCACAGGAAGACAAAAAGCGGGAAAGGGACCAAUUCAGCCACACCAUUGGCUCCUGCAAGUACCCGUUUUGGCGACGGAACCACCUCAGCCAACGGGGGCUUGACUAUCCGGGAUCCAGUGACCGGUGCGCAGUAUGUUCAGAUCCAGAUACUGCAGGAUGACCCAGCAACUGAUGGCGACCUGGCCUUCCAGUUGAGCUCUCAGACAUCCAGUUCUCAUUCCCAGCUCACAGUCGACCUGCCCGUCAACAUCUUACAGGAACCUGCUCCCCUGACGGAGGACGAUAAUGGGUCUGAUAGUUCCCAGUUCACUGGCAGCACAAUCAACCUACAGGACCUGGAGUGAGACAGGACAGCAGACAACUGACAUGUUCCUCCUUCACCUGUCUGUCCAGCUCCCUCUUUUGUCCUCUCUCCAGCUUUCUCUUUUUCCAUCUGCUGCCAGACCCCUUAGUCCUUUUGGUAGAGAUAUCUUGCUGGGGUUCUAGACGGGACUAUACUGGGCGGACCUGUUGCCGAGGGACUUGUUGCCAUGGAGAUAACAGAAGGGUUUGCGAUUACAAGUUGCAGACCUGAGGCUGUUCUGAAAGCCUAAGUGUUCCCGCGACUUCUUUCUUUUUUUUUUCUUUUUCUCUCCCCCCAAAGCAAGAUCCACUUGAGUCCUCAUACUCCCUCGCUAUAAGUUGCACCUUUUCCUCCCCGAUGCCUGUAGUUUUUUUAGGAGAAGCGUCAAUGGGAGUGUUAAUCAAAGGAGCAGUUUCAUUGGACCACAGUAGCACAGUAAUAGGGGAACGGAUUAUGUAGGGCUGGUGUGACAGUGGAGGGCUCUUGUACUGAGACACUGCUGAACUCAGUAUAGAGACUCUGCGCUCCGUGUGUGUGCGUGCACGUGUGUGUGUGUGUGUGUGUGUCUGUCUGUCUGUGCGUGCAUGCGCUUGUGCGUGAGUGUGCGUGUUUGUGUCAGCUCAGUCGCUCUUAAAGCUCACAGUCCUGUGGUCUGACUGCCUAAAGGAAGACUGUGUAGAUCUUUCAGUGGGAGAAAUCCUGACUGUAACAGUUGAACCAUUAGCUCUGAGGCUGAUGUUGUAGAACUACAGUGUCGUCAUAGAUCCAGGUGGGUUAGAGUAGGGCUGGAACCCAUCGUGACUUUUUCUUUUGUUUUUGUUUUUUGUUUUUGUUUUUUUGAGAAGAUUAGACUUCCAAGAGGAGGAUAGUGAGCUCUGAUGUCAGUGGUGUCCAGUGUGACUUUAAAAAGAGGAGUUGGAGUGAGGGGACAAUGUUUCCCUGAGGACUUUGUUAAUUUGAGUGUUCUGCACUGGAGCCACUUGGCUGUCUGGGACUCCAGCUCCGCCUGACUGGGACCUUGCCUGCCUUGGAGCGGAAGGUUCGUCUGCGAUCGCUUUCUGUGGAACAUAACGGAUGGGCCCGAAAAAGACAUCUGCUGGCCUGGGUUCUCCCGGGAUCUAGUGAAUGCUGAUGCUAACAGGUUAAUGCAAAGCAGACUGACGACCAGUGUAAACGGGUUUUUUCCACGCCCAUUAAUAGUAAAAUCUAGUUCAGCUUCCAUCUCUGCUGCCUUAAA